AUGGUUCGAGUAACAGUGGGAGAUUUGGCUACGGGAUUAAUGGCCAGUGGAGUUCACGAAUCUACAGACGCUUCAGUUCGCACGGCUUGGAUUAACAAUUUAUCUAAGCAAGGAGUAAUACAAGAAUUGAACCUUAGAGAAUUAGAAUUCGACGCCCAAUCGACGUUAGAUGAACUGCGUAAAGUUCUAGUGAAAGUCGUGCGUGAACAGGCAAAAGCGCCAGUACCGGUUGAAGGUACUGAUUCUGCAACUGCAACUGAAAACGAGGAAGAAACAGAAGAAAUGGCCCAGUCAGAAGCAGCAAAAUUAGAAUUCGUCCUCAGCAAGGAUGACUGCGAGAUUUUCGUCGAGCGACUGGACAUAAUGUUCAUGGCAAGAGAAACUAAAGACAAUAAAAAAGCAGCGAUUUUGCUAACUAGAUUGGACGAAGAUGCAUACAAAUUGAUAACAAAUUUAUGCGCACCAGCAAAGCCUGUAACAAAGGAUUACGCUGCACUGAUUAAAAUAAUGGGAGAUCACUUGGCGCCGAAACCCUCACAAGCGAUGGAACGCUGUACAUUCAACAUGGCAAAAGAUCAAUUCGUAUGUGGAAUCCGCGACCAGGAGACAAAAGUAGCAUUGUUUAAAGUCGAAGAUUUGACUUUUGAAAAAGCGUUAAAAGAAGCUCAAGCUAGGGAGAGCGCAGUGAAAAAUGCUUUAAGUUCGCUCCAGACCUUGGAUGGAAAGAGAACACAAAAUAAUGUUUUCAAAUUCAAGGCUACAAGCAAUAGUCAAAAUCGAAAUUCAAAUAUAAAGGCUGAUAGAAAGUCUGCCAAGUGUUAUCGUUGUAAUAGUGAAGACCACAACGCAGCUACGUCUUCAAGACCAGAGAUGAAAUACUUAGGUGGACAAGAAGAGGACAAAUUUGGAAAACAACGGGACGGCGAUGACAACAGCAGCAGUAACGAGAGCGAGGCCGAGGUGACGCCAUCAGAUAAGAAUUUGUAUAUGAGGGAUUUCUAUGUUCUGCGUAAAGGAACUUUCUAUACGGUCAUUUCUGAAAAUUUUAAAAGUAAAUAUUUUCCUGAAUUCCAAGUCGAACAGACGAAUAACGUGUUGUAUGGUUACAACGACUACGCGUUUCAUGUUACGGGAGAAUUAAAGAAUUUAAGAGUGAGAUUUAUCGGGCUAGAGAAGCGAUUAAAUUGUUUUUUUAUGCCAGGUUCGGGACCGCCGUUGAUUGGUAGGAAAUGGCUUGAGGCGUUUGGGUGCUGGCCGUUACAAAAUUUAAUAGAUAAACAAAGGGAGACGAAUCAAAUAUUUAAAAUUGAUAACAUGAAUGUUAAAGAGUCUAUUACUAGGAAUUUUCCUACAUUGUUUGAUUCGUCCCCAGGUUUAUAUAAUAAAAGUAAAGUAAACUUAUAUUUGAAAGAUGAUGCAAAGCCGAUAGCACUCAAGGCGAGACAUGUGCCACACGCGCUCAAGCCGUUGAUCAAAGAAGAAAUUGAUCGUUUAAUUAGAUCAGGGCAUCUUGAACGCGUUGAAACUAGCGAAUGGGCCACACCGAUCGUGUCUAUCAUGAAAAGCAAUGGCAAGGUGCGAAUAUGCGGAGAUUACAAAUUAACUAUAAAUCCGCAGCUAAUAAUUAACAAGUAUCCGUUGCAUCAAAUUGAUGAUAUUUUCGCGAUUUUACAAGGAGAUGAGCAUUUCUCACAAUUAGAUCUCUGUCAUGCGUAUAUGCAGUUUGCCAUUGAAGACAAAUGUAAAAAGUUUUUGACUAUCACGACCCACACGGGAUUUUUGCAAUAUACUAAACUGGGCGAAGGUGUAGCGUCAGGCCCAGGUAUUUUCCAGCAAAAAAUCGACGAAUGCCGCGCAGAAAAAAGCGAGUUUUUUAAAGACAAAAUUGAAGUACUUGGUUUCGUUAUAGAUCGUGAUGGCCUACACAAGGAAAAAUCAAAGGUUAAAGCCAUGGUUGAAGCGCCUAAACCUAUAUUAACUAAAGAAGUAGCAUCGUUUUUAGGUUACUUAUUUUUAUUCGCGGUUCUUAAAAAAUCAAGCAGUUAA